GCACGGACCUUUUCACAUCUCAGCCUUGUCACCGCCACAAUUCCGGGGAAAGCUUUCUAGCAUCGCACCACAUCCUCGUGUUGCCAGGAUGACUUCCUCGGUGUUAUGGAUGAGCAAGUCUUGAAGCUGGGAAGCUUGCAUCUUAACUGUCCUAGGGCCGGACUUCAACUUUGUCUCGCUCUCUCCAUAACUCUCUUUGGGUCUAUUACAGCUGACAAUCCAACCAACAUAUCUCAGAGAGCUCUACUAGCUGCAUUACGAUCUCAAUCGGUGUGGGUUCGUAGAGGGCAGGCUCUACAUCUACUAUUCGAUAUCACGGUCUUGGGUGAAAACCAAGAUAUUAAUGAAGCGAGGUCAUUUGGACAAACUCUGGCUGACAGUGAUCUCUUUCGUCAACUCAACCUCAAUGCAAGUCUAUGUACUGACUUACAAGAUUCCCCAAGAUCGGAGCAUUCGAAUCGAUGCUUAUUCCGGAUCAAUGUCAGCCAUAAUCGAGAAGAUGCCGACGUUGAGCCCUCGAAACUGCAUCACUUGCUCUCCGGCGUACUUCCAACGGAUCUGAAUCCUCCUAAGGCUAUUCGUAUGCUGGAGCUUCAGUGUGUUCGGAUGGAAAUUGUGAUUAUCAGCUUCUUGCCUUCGACAGAAGAAGAAUCACAAUCUGAAGACCUGGAGUUCGUGGCGCCGAUAAGUAUGCCAACAACGCGAAAAUCUACUACUAAGGAGGGCUUAGACACUUAUGAUCCCUGCACAUCUGAUCAGCGGAACACAUGUGUCAAGGUCGCAACCGACAAAGUUUCUAAUAUCUCUUCGAGCGCUACCACAUCAGGGCGAUCUUCCAUACCUUCUCUGGGGACGUCUCACAGUGAGCAAGCAUAUAGCGAUAAGCAAGUGAAUCACACAAUGGCAUCUUUCAAAGAUGGCCCGCCAGCCAUUCACAGACUACUGGAUGUUGCAGUCCGGAGGGCCAUUAGCGCCAGACUGCAUAAGACGGCCAAAGGAGUCAACAUGAAAGCCGAUAAUCUAACAGCGCGUCUAGCUAAUGUCGCGCCAGCGUUAUUCUCACCAGGGUACAUGAGAGCGGUAGCAAUUCGUGCAUGUUUUGUUCCCACAAUAUCUCAAGCACUUUCACGAUCAGUCCUGUACAACACACAGUCGCCUUCUUUGAAGACGAAGCUACUCCGAUUGAAUUUGUGGAGUCAGACAGGAACAAACUCAGCUUUUCAGACCACUGAUAAGCAUCAUCAUUAUCAUCAUCAUCAACUGUUAUCAAGUGCAAGGCUAUGGCAGCUGCUCCAAAAGUCGCUAUUUGACGUAAAAGCUGCGAGGAGGCUCAUACCACUGACACAAGCUAGCAGUUUCAAGAAUACCUCUCGCCCAGAUUCAGAAACAGCAGAUGAUGCUGUUAUUGAGAUAGAGGAACAUGUGGAUGACUCCGAUGUAGCUGAGGACUUGUGGUUACAUGAUGACUUUUAUGUUCAAUUUGACGCAACACAAGCAGGCCAUUCCGAUUGCAACGCUAUGAAGCACGACACAAAAAUGACCAUAUCUCGCGACGGAUUGCUCAACAAAGAUACGGACAUGACUUUCGAAUCAAUUGGAGGUAUGCCCGAGAUUCUUCCCCCCAACAGUAGCUUCACAGCAGAAUCUCAACAUCGCACUGCGUUGGACUUUCCCGAGCUCCUCGCUCCAAGCCAAACAAGUAUGGUCCCACGAGCACGUUCCACGCGCAGUGGAACAUCAGCCGCACAGCCAGAUGCUGAACUCUCCGACCGAAGCGGGUCAGGUAGUCUCUUCGAUUGCACCCUUUGCCACGAUAUCAACAUCAAGCGCGACUUAUUCAGGCCGACGUCCUUAGAAGCCCUGCAGCCCGCACUAGAUACGUAUAUCGACCCUCGAACUAGUCUGCGGCACACUGUGGCUAUGCCACCCGACGAAGUGACUACAUCUAGUACUACAUUGAGCGCUAUGAUGCUGCAGUCCUCAUCGGACCUUCCUACUCCGCAAACGCACAGAGCGGUAACGUUUACUGAGGAACUGGACGAUGAGGAUCGUCACAUCUCAGACUGCGUUCAAAUUACAUAUCGCAUUACGGAGACAAGGAGCACGCCUGAGCAUCCUUCGCUUUUUUGCAAUGAGGACGAGUGCAUAUUGAGCCUUGAGGAAGCGAUGCUCUUGGAAGAAGCUUACGAUGAAGGAUACUUCUCACGCAACGUAUCGCAAAAUGCCACAUCGAUAGAAUAUGACGAGGUUGAACAGUACGACAGUACAUACGUGCAAACGACUAACGAAUUGGACAUGUUUAUAGAUGACAUCGAUGACAGUGACAUGCUAGAAAUAUGACGAUACUCAUAUGCAUAAAUUACGAUCAACAGAGUCAAGCAACACAGGUGAACAUGCAGCCAUUGUUACAUAGGCCAAGAAUCUGAACAAGCCUUAAGUCGAACCU